AUGGAGGCCACCUCCCUUCCUCCAGCCAACUCCUCGGAGCUUCCUCCAGCCAACUCCUCGGAGCUUCCUCCAGACCCUGCGGCCGGGGCGAGGCUGGCGCUCCACCGCCUGUUCUUGGUCAUCCUUGCGGCCAUCUCCGUCCUGGGGGUGGCGGGCAACGGGCUGGUCAUCUGGGUGACGGGCUUCCGCAUGCCGCAGAGCAUCACCAAAGUCUGGUUCCUGCACCUGGCUGUGGCCGACCUGGCCUUCUGCGCCUUGCUGCCCAUUAACGUAGCGUUUCUGGCCUCGGGCCGCUGGCCCUUCGGCCGCGCGCUCUGCAAGCUCUACCACGUCUUCACCAUGCUCAACAUGUUCGCCAGCGUCUUCCUGCUGACGCUGGUCUCCGCCGACCGCUGCGUCUGCAUCCUGCGCCCGCUGUGGGCCCGGAACCACCGCACGCCGGCCCGGCUGGCGCUGAUGGCCUGCGGGGCCUGGGGCCUGGCCGCGGCCUUCUCCAGCCCCUACCUGGCCUACCGGCAGACCUUCACGCACCCCCGGAGCGGGGUCACCUACUGUUACAACAACUUCAAUCCGUGGGCCGAGGGCGCCGAGCGGGCCGCGAGGAGGUACAGGGCUCACGUGGCCGUCAAUUUUGUGGCCGGCUUCGCGGGGCCUCUGCUCCUCAUCUGCGCCUGCUCGGGCCUCAGCGCGGCCCGCCUCAGGGCCGGGAGCCAGUCCCUGCGGUCCCACCGGCCCUUCCGGGUGCUCGCGGCCGUGGUCGCGGCCUUCUUCGGCUGCUGGUUCCCCCUGCACCUGGUGACCCUCCUGGAGCUGGUCGGCAACCUGGCCGACCGCGAGCCCGGGUGGCUGCUGGACCUGGCCACGCCCGCCUUCGUCCUGGCCAGCGCCAACAGCUGCCUCAACCCGGUCCUCUACUCGUGGGUGGGGCAGCGCUUCCGCCGGCACCUGCCCUGCUCCCUGACCAGCGCCCUGAAGCAGGCCCUGCAGGAGGACUCCAACGGCUGCGGGGACUCGGGCCCCGGGCCGGAGCCCAAGGCGGAGCGCGGGGGCCUUCCGCCCCUGCCCAACCUCCCGCCCGCGCCUCCCCGCGCCGGGCCCCGCCUUCCCCGGGGCCCCGCCCCUUCCCGCCGGGCCCCCCUCCCGCCAGUCCCUUCCCCGCGAGCUCGCCCGGCGGAGACACAAAGUCGUCCAUUCCAAGGGGCGGAGGGGCCGAGCUGA